AUGGUGAUUCAAUUUUUGAUAACGCUGCUUCUUGCUUUCCAAGCAAAUGCCCAAUUCUUCAAUUUUUUCGGAGGUCAACAUCAACAACAAGCCCAAAAACAAUCUUAUGAAGAUGAGUUCUUGAACAACAAAUGUGGUGACUAUUUAUGCCCAGAUACUCAAGAAUGUGUGAAAACAAAACUAGAUUGUCCUUGUCCGUUCCCAAAAUCUCAAUUGAAAUGUGUUUUACCAAAUAAACAGAAUUUCGUCUGUAUAUCGAAGCCAGCUACAAAUGAUGAACGUCUACAGCAACUUUAUGAUGAUCCAGUGAAAGGCCCAAAGGCUAAGACCGAUGGAUUAAGAGACUGUGGUUGGGUAGAGCAAGCAUGGAAUGGUUUGGUAUAG